UAUACCUUAUAUUAAUAGAGGAAUACCUUGUACAUUUACUAAUACAAAAACUAACUUAUGCGUAUGUACGCUUGGUUUAGACUUUGUUAAGAAGUAAUAUUACAAAAUAACGUGUGUGAUUUCAUAGGCAGUAAGUCGGUAUGACAAGAUACAGAUGCUACAGCUGAUUUGAUAAUUUUUAUCAGGGUGAUGUACGUGUUUCGGUAUUGACAACCCGUGUUUAUCUUACAGGCAUGAAUGCAAUCGUGCCUAUUUCUGAUGCACCAUUUUUUCGGCAAAAAGAAGCACCAGGACCCUGAAGAGCUGCUGAAAACAAAACCAAAACGACCAUCGCUCAAGGUGACUUCGAUCGCUCAAAACGAGAGCGCCGAAACUUCUAAGAAGUUGAAAAAUGCCCAAAAGAAAACGAAACACACGAAAAUCAGCCCGUUCACCAAAAUUCCGAAGCAAAAGACCCGACUGUCUUCCCCGCCACCGUUGACCCCACCGCGCGCUGUAUCGGUCGCCGAAUUGUCAAAACUCGGUCUAAGAGUGUCGCAGCAAGUUCUAGGAAGACCCAUUAGGGACGAAGAGGCUGAACUGACAUUCGACUCAGCAAGCACUAGGAAUAGCCGAUUAUCGAAAACAGUGCCAAAAGACAAGUCCAACAACCCAGAACACGCAAAGAUCCAGGAGGCUCAUACUUCUUCCGCCUAAUAAAAAUGACUUCACGUAAGGCGAAAAGCCCGACGUUCUACGUUCCAUCAAAGGGUCCGGCGAAGGGCAAGAACAUGCUUAUGGACCUCUGGGACUAUUUCAGCGCUAUCGCUCAAAAUGUGUCGAAGGCCCGAGUGAGACUCAGGAACUACCUUCCUGGUAAAAAGCUGUUCGGCUGGAAGAAACGCCUAUCAAAGAAGUGUUCCGACGGAUCGAACAAAUUCGAGGACGGGGCGAUCCUGAUUGGACCGAAAACGACCAAAGCGCACGAGUUCAACAGUGAAGAAUCUCUUAUGGCUGAAAACGUAAAGGAAGUUUUGGGUGAUGCAGGUUUCCCGACCAGCGUCGAAACGAAGUUGGCGUUGCAAACAUAAGUUGGCGUGCGUUAUAUACAGUGAGUUUUAAACAUCGCUAUUUUAUUUCGCAUUUAAACAAAAGGGAAAAAGGAACACAGAUAGGUCAACAUUACAAUAAACGAGCUUCUUUUGAAA